AUGUUGCUGGGCACUGGGCUAUUGCCAGGUGCUAAGCUGCAACCAGGAUAUUGCCGGACGUCGAGCCGUUGCCGCGUGAUGUCCGUCUCCUGUCCGACCACUCCUCACCCUCCUCACCUUCAUUCCUCACCCUGUCCGACCACUCCUCACCCUCAUUCCUCACCCUGUCCGACCACUCCUCACCCUCGUUCCUCACCCUGUCUGACCACUCCCCACCCUGCUCACCUUCAUUCCUCACCCUGUCCGACCACUCCCCACCCUCGUUCCUCACCCUGUCCGACCACUCCCCACCCUCGUUCCUCAGCCUGUCCGACCACUCCUCACCCUCCUCACCUUCAUUCCUCACCCUGUCCGACCACUCCUCACCCUCAUUCCUCACCCUGUCCGACCACUCCCCACCCUCGUUCCUCACCCUGUCUGACCACUCCCCACCCUGCUCACCUUCAUUCCUCACCCUGUCCGACCACUCCCCACCCUCGUUCCUCACCCUGUCCGACCACUCCCCACCCUCGUUCCUCAGCCUGUCCGACCACUCCUCACCCUCCUCACCUUCAUUCCUCACCCUGUCCGACCACUCCUCACCCUCAUUCCUCACCCUGUCCGACCACUCCCCACCCUCGUUCCUCACCCUCCUGUCCGACCACUCCUCACCCUCCUCACCUUCAUUCCUCACCCUGUCCGACCACUCCUCACCCUCAUUCCUCACCCUGUCCGACCACUCCUCACCCUCGUUCCUCACCCUGUCUGACCACUCCCCACCCUGCUCACCUUCAUUCCUCACCCUGUCCGACCACUCCCCACCCUCGUUCCUCACCCUGUCCGACCACUCCCCACCCUCGUUCCUCAGCCUGUCCGACCACUCCUCACCCUCCUCACCUUCAUUCCUCACCCUGUCCGACCACUCCUCACCCUCAUUCCUCACCCUGUCCGACCACUCCCCACCCUCGUUCCUCACCCUGUCUGACCACUCCCCACCCUGCUCACCUUCAUUCCUCACCCUGUCCGACCACUCCCCACCCUCGUUCCUCACCCUGUCCGACCACUCCCCACCCUCGUUCCUCAGCCUGUCCGACCACUCCUCACCCUCCUCACCUUCAUUCCUCACCCUGUCCGACCACUCCUCACCCUCAUUCCUCACCCUGUCCGACCACUCCCCACCCUCGUUCCUCA